CAAAGCGACGACACGAGCACAAGGACACCGCCGUCAUGUGUGGGCGUGUGUUUGUUUGGCACGCGUGCAGGUGGACAGCACGUGGGUGUGGCCCGGCGACGCCUGUAUGACGUUCACGUGCCAGCGUGUCAACGGGCACCUGCACACCAAGGAGACCAAGACCACCUGCCCCCCUUUCAACCCGCUGGACUGCCGACCCGGCAGCGAGACCACCGACGUCAACGGCUGCUGUCGACGUUGUGAGCUGCGCAACGUGUGCCAAGUGCGGACGCGAGCCACCGUCUUGGAGGUGAACGGCUGUCGCAGCGCCGGACCCGUCAACGUCACUUCCUGCGCCGGGCAAUGCGAGAGCUCGUCCACGUACUACGCGGCCGCCGACGCCAUGACUCGCCGGUGCCAGUGCUGCAGAGAGAGCGCCACCAGCCGGCGGCCGGUGGAGCUGACCUGCCCCGACGGAUCCAGGCUGCGGCACAGCGCCAUCGUGGUGGAAGCGUGUCGCUGCGGCGCCGCGGCCUGCCUCGAGGAGCUGCCAGGACCGUGAGCCGGCCGGCGCUCCCGCUCGGUCUUCCUGCCAAUUCCCGCUUCGGAAAACAUUUGGGCAAUAAACGCAUCGAGAAAUGACUCCGUGGAUGCGGUUUCAA